AGCGGCGACGUGGACGUAACUCCGCGCUGUGAAUGGCCGUGCGCUCCUGUCACUGGCAGGCCAUUUAAAUGGCAACGCAGCGUCAGCACCGAAACGGUGUGUCCUACGGAUCUAAGCGGAGGAGCCGAGGGGAAGCCUGAACAUGAUCAAGGAGGAGGAAGAGGAGGGGGGCGCACCGCAGGCGGAGGAGCAGCAGCAGCUCCGCCGCCGCUAUGAGGAGCUCUGCGGCGCCCUCAACAUGGACGAGAGGGCCCGUGCGGAGGCCUGGGAGAGUUACGCAAGAAUCAGCCAGACCUACACUCUGGAGGGAAACGCACUGCAUUGGUUGGCGUGCGCAUUGUACGUUGCGUGUCGGCAGUCUGUGCCAACGGUGGGCAGAGGAACGGCGGAAGGAAAUUAUGUGUCUCUCACGAGGAUUCUGACCUCAACAGAGCUAAGCAUGAUUGAGUUUUUCAACAAGAUGAAGAAGUGGGCGGACAUGGCCAACUUACCUGCAGAAUUCCGAGAGAGAACCAAGAAGCUCGAGCGCAAUUUCACGGUCACUGCCGUACUCUUCAAGAAGUAUGAUCCCAUCUUCCAGCAGAUCUUCAAGAACGCACAAGAGGAGCAGCCACGGCAGCACAGAAGCCGCAAACAAAGGCGUCAGCCGUGCACCGUAUCUGAAGUGUUUCAGUUCUGCUGGGUGUUGUUCAUCAAUGCCAAAGGAAACUUUCCAAUGAUAAGCGACGAUCUGGUGAAUUCGUACCAUCUUCUGCUCUGUGCCUUGGACCUGGUUUAUGGGAAUGCCUUGCUGUGUCCGAAUCGUCGGGAGCUCCUGAACCCCAACUUCCAAGGCCUUCCCGAAGAUUUCUGCAGUAAAGACUUCAAACCUCCGUCCGAGCCUCCCUGCAUCAUCGAAACCCUCUGCUGCCUCCACCAGGGUUUACUUCUAGAAGUCAAAGGCAUUAAAGAACAUUUUUGGAAGCCAUAUAUACAUAAGCUGUUUGAUAAAAAGGUACUGAAAGGAAAAUCGGACUCCCUUACAGGAUUUUUGGAGCCAGGAAAUUUUGCAGACAGCUUGAAAGCCAUCACGAAGGCCUAUGAGGUGUUUGUUCUCUCUGUCGGUCACUUGGACGAGCGAGUCUUCCUGGAGGAUGCGGAGGAGGAGAUUGGAAGUGUAGGCCGUUGUCUGAAUCCUGAGCCGGGAGCCGAGUCGUCCGCGGAGAGGGCCCAGGUGUCCUACCAUUUACAGCAGCACUUUGAUAGGAUGAAGUCGUUACGGAUAUCCACUCCUCUCACCAGUCUGCCGUACAUGAAGGAGAGCUCUUCACACCAGACUCCUGUCUCCAGCGCUACAUACAGCGUCAGUCGACUGUUUGUCAUUCUGUCCGGUCACAAAGCUGCCCCCAGCGAGAAACUGCAAGAAACGCUAAGUGCCUGUUCCAGAAACCCCACACAGACCAUUUCUAAUUGCCUGAAAGAAAUGUUCGAAGUGUUCUGUGAACACACAAUGUCAGGAGGUGGAGACAGUCAGCAGUGCAAAGACAUUGCAAAGAAAUACUUCAGACUGGCCGAAACGCUGUAUUAUAAGGUGGUGGAAUCUGUUGUCGAGCGGGAAAAGAAACGUCUGGGAGAUGUGGAUCUGUCUAAUAUACUGGAGCAGGAGAUCUUCCAUAAGUCCCUCAUCGCAUGCUGUCUCGAAAUUAUCAUCUUUUCAUACAAACCUCCUGGCACUUUCCCACAGAUAAUAGUCAUGUUUGAUUUGGCACCCUACCAUUUUUACAAGGUGAUUGAGCUUGUUAUCAAGGCAGAAGAUGGUUUAUGUCGAGAAGUAAUAAAACACCUAAACCAGAUUGAAGAGCAGAUUCUUGAGAGCAUGGCGUGGACUCAUGACUCCCCUCUGUGGGAGAAGAUUAGAGACAACGAUGGAAAAGUUCCACUCUGUGAAGAGGUAAUGCACCCACAUCAUUUUGAAGGAGCUGUUGGCAGCAGCAUAACAGGAUCAUCUGCUCCUCUUACUUCAAGACGAGUCAAUGAGAUCAAGGCAGAUGCGGCUGGUCUAGGAAAAACUUCCUCGCCUACUUUAUUUGAUCGGUACAGUUCACCGAUGGCUGGCACAGCUCGCCGCCGUCUCUUCAUUGACUCCGAUAGUCCACCUGAAGAAGGGAGUCCAGCACAAGCGUCUCCGCAUUCUACUGCUGAAUCGACGCCCUCACCGGUUCCUGGGCAGACCCUGGUGACAAUGGCGACUGCUACAGUAACUGCAAAUAAUGGGCAAACACUCACUAUCCCUGUACAAGGCAUUGCUAAUGAGAACGGAGGGAUCACAUUUUUUCCGGUACAGGUCAGUAUGAGUGGACAAGCCCGUGGCGUUUCUAGUUCCAUUCAGCCACUUACAGCCCAGGCUCUUGCUGGACCGAUGACCACGCAACAGAUGCAGGUUGCAGGACAAGUAACCAUCCCUCAGGUCCAAGCUUCUCCAGGACAACAAAAUGUCAGCUGCAAAAUGAAGAAAGUUGGAUCUCUGGCUCUCUUCUGCCGGAGGGUUUACCAUUUAGCCAGUGUUCGCCUUCGUGAUCUCUGCCAUAAGCUGGAUAUUUCCGAUGAGCUUCGUAAAAAGAUCUGGACUUGCUUCGAGUUUUCGCUCGUGCACUGUUCAGACCUGAUGAAGGACCGUCACCUGGACCAGCUUCUGAUGUGUGCAGUGUAUGUGAUGGCCAAGGUAACCAAAGAAGACACAUCCUUCCACGAUAUCAUGAGAUGCUAUCGUAUGCAGCCUCAUGCUACGAGUCAUGUGUACAGAAGUGUUCUUUUAAAAUCCAGGAGAAGGCAGCAGUCUGGUGGUAGUGACCAUGCAUUGACGGGCUGCUCCGCCGAGACCAAUAAAGACCAUGGCAGCAGGGAGCCCAGCCCAGUGAUGCGCUCCAGUAGUACCCUGCCUGUACCGCAGCCCAGCAGCGCUCCCCCUACUCCAACACGACUUUCUGGAGGCAGCAGUGACGUGGAAGCAGAGGAAAGAGGAGACCUGGUUCAUUUCUACAACAACGUCUACAUUCGAAAGAUGAAAAGCUUUGCCCUGAAAUACUCUCAUGCCAACGCAAAUGAAGCUACCCCUCUCUCCCCUUACCCUUCUAUGCGGACCUUGUCUCCUCGGCGGGUGCAGUUAUCUCAGAGUCACCAGAUCUUCAUUUAUCCUCACAAUGAUGACUCUGCCACUUUAUCCCCUCGAGAAAAGAUCUCAUACUAUUUUAACCACAGCCCUGCAAAGAGAUUGCGGGAGAUCAACAGCAUGGUCAGAACAGGAGAGACUCCGACCAAGAAACGCGGGAUCCUUUUGGAAGAUGGAAGUGAAUCUCCAGCAAAGCGGAUAUGCCAGGAAAAUCAUACUGUCCUCUACAGGAAACUGCAAGACGUGGCUAAUGACAGAGGCACUUUCUGCACAAACUAGAUGGCUGCAUUAUCCCAACUUCAGUAUUUCAAAAAAAUCUUAAUAUAUAUUAAUUCUGUAACUUAAGACACCAGGACUAUAACCAGUUUGUGGAAUCUGCCCUGUAGUGUUUAUAACCUGAGUUAUAAGGGGGCACUUAGUUUUAUAUAUAUAUAUAUAUGCACGACUGAGCACUGGUAGAUGAGGUUGCACUAGAAAAGUUUUCCAUUUUGCAGGUAGUUGAGGAGACAAGCUGAAGCAAUGAUACAGACGACUUAUUAAGGUCGGUCCAUGCAGGACGUAAAAUUCAGCACUCCGGAUGUAGCUGCGGAUGCGCUGCAAAAUCCACAUGAAUUCCUUGCUGUGUUUGCCGCAGACGUGGCGAGUUUCAUUCUUAAAGGGUGAAAGCUGUGGAAGAGUCCGCAGCAUAAAUUGACAUUCUGCAGAUAUCAAAUCUGCACUUCAGCUCAAUUCACACUGCAGUUUUAUUUUUUUUCCGCCGCGUGUGGAUGAGAUAUUUUAAGAUCUCAUCCACUUUGCUGGUGCUGUACCAUGCUGCAGAUGCCACACAUGAACACGCCUGUAGGGUUGAAUAUUGUUCGUAUAGUACGACCUGUAGGUGGACAUAAUAUAUUUUCUUAAUAUAUAAUGCUAGUAUGGUCAGUAUCUGAAGUUCUCUGCUACCCAUGUGUUAUAAAUGAAGCUCUUUAGAAGAUGAUAGGGAGUGAGUUGGCAGUUCUUCAGACCUCUCUGCCAUCAUAGAAAUAUUGCGCUACUGUAUCCAGUGAGUAGGUACGGACUUGGGGCUCAUGCACAGGGUAGAGCCUGUAUGACGGCACAGAAAGUCCUUACGGCUAGGCAGUGUAUGGUGUCCCGGCACGGUAUUAUGGAGGCAGUCUCCCCAGUGGGUGGCACAUUCCGGCUUAGUAUCCUUACCUGUGUGCUCUAGCUGCUAUCUCAGAGAGAUUAUUGCUGUGAUCACAUGGCUGGGACUUUCAAUAUUAAAGGGGUAUUUUCCAGGACUUAAAUACUGAUGACUAUCCUCAGGACAAAUCGGUGGGGGUCUGACUCCUGCCAGUCAGCUGUUUGAAGGGGCCGCGGUGCUGGGAUGAGCAUAGCAGUGCCAUAAAUUGUAUAGUAGGUGUGCUUGGUAUUAUCAAUAGAAAUCAGUCCCAUCCACGUGAAUGAGGAACAGUCAUGUGACUAGUGGACAGUAACGUCACAGGCUCAAGGGAGGCCGUGGGUGCCUGAGGAAAGGUCAUCAGUAUUUAAAGGUUCUGGAUGCCUUUGGGGCCAAUUUUUUAUUACUAUUGCAUUGUAUUCAUUUGGAGCUAAAAAUAAUUUAUUUCAGUUGGUCUUUAUUAAAACUUUUCAGCCCCUUUUUCUGUACAGGGUUGAGAUUCUCUAUUGUUCAUGCUGUGUUCCAUCAGGGAGCUCUGCUGAUGGCUUAUGUAGAGCUUAUAAACACUUUAUAGCUCAAUUCUUAUCUUACUAGAGAUGAGGGUUGUCAAGUGAUGCACAAAGUGAAAGUAAGAGUAAGAUGCUCACAGCUAGGCUAAAAUUUAAAGGGGUUUUUCAAGAUUUUUUUUACUGAUGACCCAUCUUCAGGAUAGGUCAUCAGUAUCUGAUUGUGGGGGUCCAUAUAUCUCAGAAACCCUUUGACAAAAACUGCUGAACAUUUUUAAUAAAGUCCAAUUGAAAAUAAAAGAUUUUAAGCCCAAAAUGAAUACAAUGCAGUCAUAAAAAAUUGCCCCUGAGGUGUUUAAAGCCUUGAAAAACCCCUUUAACUCUAAUUCUGUCUGUAGGAGAUGGAAGAUGGGUCCAUUGCAACUGCCAUGAUCACACCUCCCCUAUACCUACUAGUUCACCUAAUCUUCAGCUACUAUGUUUCUAAGUUUUAGAAAUGUUUACUCCCUUCCCCCAACUAUUCCAGGUUUAUGUUUAAUCAUGGAGAAGAGUGAGGAGAUGGGAAGGUUUCAUAGCCAUGAAAGAGCCAACAGGUGCCAUCACCCUGUGCAAAAAAAAAAACCAUGACUGAGCAUUGUUACCCCUUAGGAUUCCUAAUCAGACAGCACUUACAAUAAAUGCACUGUAUAAUGUCCGGCUAAUAACUACUCGCAUACGUUCGUUGUGGAUAUCAUGGGUGAAAAAUAUGGCUGGUAGCUAAGUCCUCUGAGACCUUUUAAGGAGGACACAUGAUGUACAUUACAUAAGUUUUGUGGUGCUUACAGUUUAGCUUCCUCCUACUAAACUGGUGGUAAUAGGAUUGUGCCGAGGAUUUAAAGGGGGUCCAGUGUCUCCCAUGUGAACAGAGCAGCGGUCAGGCAUCUACACUGCUGCACCAUUCAUCUUUAUGGGACUGUUGGAGAUAGACACACACACUGUACUCUGCUUCUCUUCGGCAGAUCCAUAGAGAUGAAUGAUUGGGCGGCAGUGUGCUUGCUGAACUGGUGCUUCACAUUCACGUGAUCGGUGAGGACCUCAGCAGGAAGUCCCCCAACAAUAAGACACUUAUCCCCUGUCCCAUGGAGUUUAAAUCUUGGCACAACCCCUUUUUUAAAAGAAUGUUUUGGGCUUAUAGGGGUUUUCAGGGACUUAGAUGUUGAAGGUCUGUCCUCAGGAUAGGUCAUCAAUAUCAGAUCGGUGAGGAUCUGACCCUACACCCCCACUGAUCAGCUGUAAACUAUACAAUGGACCGAAGGCUGGGUCGAUUACUGCAGAGCAGCUCCUAUUCACUGGAGUGGGAGAGGAUUAGCAGUACCCCGGCAUGGACGCUGCACAGUGGAUGGAUCCUUCUGCUUCCAGGUCUGUCCAUGGUACAGUUUCCAGCCUGCCCGAAACAGCUGAUUGGACCCCCACCAAUCUGAUACUGUUGACCUAUCCUGAGGUUAGGCCAUCAAUAUCUAAGUACUGGAAAAAAAACAUCAAUAAGUAAAGUGUACUGAAGUUAGCUAUCAAGUGCUGUCACUUUUUAAUUGUGUCGUGAAAAAGUAAGUACUCCCCCAGCCCCAUGUAAAGUGUUUAAUUUUUAUCUUCAUUCAAAUAAUAUAUAAAGGUAAUUCAAAUAAUGAAUAUAACAAAUUGACUUUGAGCUGCCUAGGGGUUUCUACCAGUCUGGCUAUGCAGUGUUUGGGAGCAUUUCAAAUACCCAGUCCACACAACCUCUCACUUGGAGUAAGAUCUGGGCUUUGAAUGAACCAUUCUUGUCCAGUGGUUCUUUCUGAACAGUAAAGGUAUGUUCACAUGAUGUUUUGUGACGUCCAUUUAGCGUGUACACUGGGAAAACUCCCAAGGUACGCACAGAAUCUGUCCAUAGGGUUACAUUAGGCAAACAUUGGCUUCCAUCUGGCCAGUAUACAUCUAUAUACUGUAAAAAAAACUGUAUGGAAUAACAUGGUAGAUAACACUAUGCCAUACACCAGAAUCUCCAAAUAGUGCAUGCAUUUUUUUACACUCUAAGUCACCGAUAUAUCUUAGAUGGGCAGUCUCCCUCUCGGCUCGCCACCUCUUUGAGCCAGAACGGAGGGCUGCUCUAAAUGACUGGUAGACUUGAGCCGUCCUUCAACGACAAGCCCAGCUGUUUUUUGUCUCUGAGACAACUCCUUUCAAUCCCUUUUCUCGCAGCUACAGUGCCUUGAAAACAUGAAAGAGAACCGAUACUCUCCUCACUGAUCCCGGCCACUGCCGUUCCAGCGGUGCCCAGGUCCACGUGGCUUUCUGCUUGACAGCCAAUCACUGACGGAGGUGGGUCAGCAAUUGGCUGAGAGAACCUUUUUUUGUCUAUCACUAUGGGCAAUAUUGGAAUGGGCGAUGCCAGGGAUGGGUUAGUUUAACUGUCAGUUCUCAAGUCAAUUUGUUAGUGUAGGCUUUUUUUUCUCCUUUUUGGUUAAAUAACCUCAUAACAUAACCAUAAAAGUUUACAUAGGGCGUGCUUACUUUUUCUCUGUAUGUGUAUCAUUACAAAGGGACAGUAUGAAAUGUAACAUUUGUUUUACUGGAGCAUGCCUAAUAAAAAAAUAUGUAUUAUUUCCCAAAAGGAAAAAUAUUAAAGGGGCUUUCCUGUUCUCCUCACAGCUCACCAGGCACAUCUUCGUACAUUGUGUAGUGGCUGUGCUUGGUAUUGCAUCUCAGCCCCAUUCACU